AUGUAUGUGGAGGAUAGCAGUAGUUUUUAUGAAGUUGAUGAUACGGCUGAUGGUGUCUCGAAGGUGUGUUACAGCUCGGUUGAUGACGAGUACACAUGCUCCUGUAAGUUGUUCACUAGGAAGGCUCUCCUGUGCAGACACAUCUUCUUUGUUAUGAGGAACAAAAAAUUGACUCGCAUCCCAGAUAAGUACAUUGAUGCAAGGUGGUCAAAGUUGUCAAGAGUUGCUGCACCUCUAACUGAACAUCUUUCCAUUGAAAAGAGGUUUUCUGGAAAUAACCACCUUUUCUUGGAAUUGUGCAAAUCCAUUGGUCAUGUUAGAGGCGACUCCAUUCUUAAGGUCCAACUGUUUGAUGAUUUGAAAGGUUUGGCAGAAAAGUAUUCAAAGUUGGGAGUACCCAUUGAUAAGAGCUGCAAGAAUGAUAUGUUUGUUGAAUACUAUGGUUCUGUAAGACCAACUGAAGUUGACGUGCUACCACCGAGCGUAGUACACACUAAAGGUAGCGGUUCUGGUGGGCGAAGGAAGUCUACGAGGGAGAAACUAGUUGAACAAGCUCUGAAGCCCAAAAGAAAAUGCAAGAAGUGCAAUAGGUUGGCUAAUCAUGACUCUAGGAACUGCCCAGGAGUUGAUGUCGCAGAGGAAUGA